UUCCGUGUCUGUUAAAUUAAUUGAAUCCCCCUUCCUCUCCCAUCUCUGUCUGCAAAAUUUUGGGUAAAUCUCUCGUCUGAAUCCCUAAUCCUCAGACCAGAAAAUGUCGGAUCAAAGCCGCGCUCUUCGACGAACUCAAAUUCUCACCAAUCACAUACUCCGGUCGCCUUCUCCGGCGUCAAAUUCAUCUCUUUCUCCGGAGGUAUGUUUGCAGUACUCUCCUCCCCAGCUCAACGAGAGUUAUGGCUUCGACAUCAAGGAGAUGAGGAAAUUGCUUGAUGGACACAACGUCGAGGACAGGGAUUGGCUGUAUGGGCUAAUGAUUCAGAGCAAUUUGUUCAAUCGGAGGGAGAGAGGCGGGAAGAUCUUCGUGUCUCCGGAUUACAACCAGACGAUGGAGCAGCAGAGGGAGAUAACGAUGCGACGGAUUUGGUACUUGUUGGAGAAAGGGGUUUUCCAGGGCUGGUUGACAAAGACGGGUGCCGAAGCCGAGCUCAAGAAGUUCUCUCUCCUUGAAAUUUGCGGGAUUUUCGAUCACUCUCUCGCCAUUAAAAUCGGCGUUCAUUUCUUCUUGUGGGCUGGUGCUAUUCAGUUUUUUGGCACAAGACGCCACCACGAAAAGUGGCUGAAGGACACUGAAGAUUAUGUUGUGAAGGGUUGCUUUGCAAUGACUGAGUUGGGUCAUGGAAGUAAUGUGCGAGGAAUUGAAACAGUGACUACUUAUGACCCAAGAACUGGAGAGUUUAUCAUAAACACUCCUUGUGAAUCUGCUCAGAAGUAUUGGAUCGGUGGGGCAGCUAAUCAUGCAACACAUACAAUUGUGUUUUCACAGCUUGAUAUAAACGGAACCAAUCAGGGUGUCCAUGCUUUUAUCGCCCAAAUCAGGGACCAAGAUGGCAAUGUAUGUCCAAACAUACGCAUAGCUGAUUGUGGACACAAAAUUGGUCUAAAUGGAGUAGACAAUGGCCGCAUAUGGUUUGACAAUCUCAAAGUUCCAAGAGAGAAUUUAUUGAACUCAGUUGCCGAUGUCUCACCGGAUGGACAGUAUGUUAGCGCAAUAAAGGACCCUGAUCAGCGGUUUGCAGCAUUCAUGGCUCCUUUGACCUCAGGCCGUGUCACAAUUUCAGCAAGUGCAGUUUAUUCAGCUAAGAUGGCUUUAGCUAUUGCAAUAAGGUACUCGUUAUCUAGGAGAGCCUUCUCCAUUGCAGCAAAUGAGCCUGAAGUUCUCCUGCUUGAUUACCCAAGCCAUCAAAGGCGACUACUGCCUCUUCUGGCUAAGACAUAUGCAAUGAGCUUCGCUGCAAAUUACUUGAAGAUGAUUUAUGUGAAGAGGACACCUGAGACCAACAAAAUCAUCCAUGUUGUUUCGAGUGGGUUCAAAGCCACUCUCACCUGGCACAAUAUGCGAACACUUCAGGAAUGCCGUGAAGCUUGUGGAGGGCAAGGUCUGAAAACAGAAAACCUUGUGGGUAUUCUGAAAGGUGAAUUCGAUGUGCAGACUACGUUUGAGGGUGACAAUAAUGUGUUGAUGCAGCAGGUGAGCAAGGCACUUUUCAGCGAAUACGUGUCUUGUAAGAAAAGGAACAAACCUUUCAAAGGAUUAGGGUUGGAGCACAUGAAUAGUCCUCGUCCGGUCCUGCCAUCUCAACUCACAUCUUCUACCCUCAGAUGCAGCCAGUUCCAGACAAAUGUUUUCUGUUUAAGAGAGCGAGAUCUGCUAGAACGAUUUUCCGCUGAAGUCUCGCAGCAUCAAGGGAAGGGAGAAAGUAGAGAGUACUCCUUCAUGCAGAAUCAUCAGCUGGCUGAAGACCUUGGUCGGGCUUUUGCGGAAAAAGCCAUACUCCAAACCAUUUUGGAGGCUGAGGCCAAGCUUCCUGCUGGUUCAGUAAAAGACGUUUUGGGAAUGGUGAGAGCGAUGUAUGGCCUCAUCUGCAUAGAGGAAGAUGCAUCGUUUCUGAGAUAUGAGUAUCUGUCAACGGAUGGCAUCGGAGCAGUGAGGAGAGAAGUGUCGAAGCUGUGUGGAGAGAUGAGGCCUCACGCUCUCUCUCUCGUCACCUCCUUUGGAUUCCCCGACUCUUUCCUGAGCCCCAUCGCUUUCAACUGGGUCGAAGCCAAUGCUUGGCCCUCUGCUCUUCAUCAUCACUAAUCUCUCUCUCUCUCUCGUAUUUGUAAUAAAGGGAUUGUCUGAAACUUACCACAGAGAUUUGCUGUUGGACGGUUGAAAUUAUUGCAACCGUUGGGGUGGUUGUAAGUGAAUAUCUUUAUAAUUAAAUUAUAGACAAUAAAGCGAUAUAUA